AUGGUGAAUGUUUUUAACGUUCAAAUCUUCUUUAUUGUCUUCAGAGAAGCAUUAGAAGCUAUCGUUGUGGUCUCCGUCCUUCUUGCCUUCUUGAAACAAGGUCUCGGAGGUGCCACUCAAGAUCCACUUGUCUAUAAGAAAUUACGAAAACAAGUGUGGUGGGGAGCGGUUUCAGGGGUUAUCCUAUGUUUGAUUCUUGGUGCUGCUUUCAUCGGUACUUUCUACUCGCUUCGUAAUGAUAUUUGGUCUAAAUCUGAAGAUAUCUGGGAAGGUACAUUUUGUAUCAUUGCUACCAUUUUGAUUUCUCUUAUGGGUAUUGCCAUGUUGCGUAUCAACAAGAUGAAGGAAAAGUGGAGAAUUAAGUUGGCAAGAGCUUUGACUAAACCUCCUGCAAAUAAGGCUGAUCGUUUCAAGAUUGGUUACUUGACAAAGAAGUACUGUAUGUUCAUCUUGCCUUUUAUCACUUGUUUGAGAGAAGGUUUAGAAGCUGUCGUCUUCGUUGGUGGUGUUGGUUUGAGUUCUCCAGCCACUGCUUUCCCAAUUCCAGUUAUCUGUGGUUUGAUUGCUGGUGUUGCCGUUGGUUGUCUCUUGUACUAUUCUGGUACCACUACUUCCUUACAAAUUUUCUUGAUUAUUUCCACAUGUAUCUUAUACUUGAUUUCUGCUGGUUUGUUCUCAAGAGGUAUUUGGUAUUUCGAGAUGCACGUCUACAACAACCAAACUGGUGGUGAUGCUGCUGAAAAUGGUUCUGGCCCAGGUACUUACGAUAUCUCGAAGUCUGUCUGGCAUGUGAACUGUUGCAACCCAGAAAUUGACAAUGGUUGGGAUGUCUUCAAUGCAUUAUUGGGAUGGCAAAACUCUGCAACCUAUGGAUCUGUUAUUUCUUACAACAUCUACUGGUUAGCAAUUAUUGUUGUUCUCUUCUUGAUGCACUUCGAAGAAAAGAAUGGUCACUUGCCAUUCCUUAAGAACCUUACUUUGGUCCAAUUGAACCCAAUGUACCACAUUAAGGGCAAGAAGAAGAACAACUUGACUAAGGCCGAACAAGAUGAAUUGUUUGCUAACUUGAAGAACACCAAGAUUGGUGGUGAUGAGAUUGACAAUUCCGAGUCUAUCGAGAGUAGCAAGGAGGUCAAGGAAGUUAUUCCUGUUGAAUCGGAGAAGAAGAAGGGAUCAUUGUAA